AUGACAGUGGCCAAACCCAAGGCCAUGGCAGCCACAGCGGCCACGAUGGAGUCAUGCUGCACCUGUGCAACUCUGCUCUCCGAGAACAACUCCCGCUUCAACACCUACUGCCCUUACUGCCAGAUCAGUCUGACGGACACGGUCCUGCCACCGGGUCUAAAAGACCCUCCUUCCUACACCACGGCUGCCGCUAGUUCUUCCAAGACGGGCGCCGUCGCGCCACCGCCGCCAUACACACCCUCCUCCCAGCAUAGACUUCUCGACCCGCUCGACGAAAAGUCUGUUCCCUUUCCCGAAGAUGAGGAGCCCGCAGAAGAUGUCUUGCACUUUCUUGAUCACGCGCAGGGUGACAGUAUCACCUCCCUGUCGCUGCGAUACGGUGUGCCCGCGUCGGUGCUUCGUAGGGCGAAUUAUAUUACGAGCGACCACCUCAUACUAGGACGGCGGACAGUAGUCAUACCGGGCGCCUACUGUAAGGGCGGGGUCAGCUUGUCGCCGCGGCCCGUCGAAGGCGAGGAGGAGGAGGCGCGUAAAGGAAAGGUUAGACGUUGGAUGGUCGCGUGCAAGGUGCAUGAGUACGACGUCGCUGUGUUGUAUCUCGAACAAACCAACUACGACCUUGAAGCUGCGAUGGAUGCCUAUCUUGCCGAUGAAGAAUGGGAGCGGAAGCACCCCGUCGAGGCGGCAGGACGGGGUAAGGGUAUUGUGAGGGGUGGCGGGAGGAGUAGCAUGCGAGGGGUUCCCAGAAGAUAG